AUGAAGUUAUUAUACAUGUUAAUACUCCUACACAAUUUUAAACUUAAGCCACUAAGUUCAUCUUUUAUAUAUGCAACAGAAAUUUUAUUGAAGAAAUCUGUUUUGAUACAGUAAUAUUAUGGGAACUAGAGUUAAUAUAAAUUUAGAAAGCCGAUACGAGCGCGUUGUUAUACUUAUUGACAUGGAUUGUUUUUAUUGUCAGGUUGAAGAAAAAUUAAAUCCUGAUUUGCUAGGAAAACCAAUAGCUGUAGUGCAAUACAACGCGUGGCGAGGCGGUGGAAUUAUAGCCGUCAAUUAUCCAGCUCGAGCUAAAGGUGUCACAAGGCAUAUGAGAGGAGAUGAAGCACAGGAACAUUGUCCUGAUAUUAAUUUGGUUCGGGUGCCGAAUGUAAGAGAAAAAGCUGAUUUAACAAAAUAUCGUGAGGCGGGAAAAAGUGUCGCUGAAGUACUACAAACAUUUACACCUCUUUUGGAAAGAGCUAGUGUGGAUGAGGCGUACUUAGACAUAACUGAACAAGUAAAAGCUCGUUUAAAGGAAAUGAAUGAAGGGAAAUAUAAAAUUCUUCCCCAUUCUCUAGAAAACACGUUUGUUGUUGGAUAUGAAACCAUUGGGUUAUUUAUACACGAAAUUUCUGCCAAUCAAUCAGAUACGGAAAAUACACUUCCUGAAUUCAAUGAAGAGGAAAACAAUAUUGACUCAGCAUAUUGUCAAAAAUAUAACUUAAAUCUUCUUAUUGGCGCUACCAUUGCCAGUGAAAUUAGAUCUAAAGUGAAAGAAAAAACAGGAUACGAAUGCUCUGCAGGUAUAGCGCAUAACAAAAUUUUGGCAAAAUUAGCUUGCGGUAUUAAUAAACCCAACAAACAAACAAUCCUUUCACUCAAUGAAACACCAAAGCUAUUGAAAAACUUGCCUGUUCAAAAAAUUAAGGGACUUGGAGGGAAGUUUGGUGAAGAAAUCAUUGCUGAACUGCAAAUUAAAACUGUAGGAGAUUUAUUGCGUUUCUCUAAAACUGAACUCCAAAAAAGAUAUGAUGAUAAAAACGGCAAUUGGCUAUUUUUGAUUGCUCGUGGUGUUGAUUUAGAAGCCGUUACUCCCAGAUUUUAUUCUAAAAGUAUAGGAUGUUGUAAAAAAUUCCCAGGCAGAAAUGCUAUAACGGGUUUAAAUACCUUAAAUCACUGGCUAGGUGAGUUAGCAAAAGAAAUCACUGACAGGUUAGACAAGGAUAUUAUAGAAAAUAAUAGAAAAGCGAAGCAAAUGGUUGUGAGUUUUGUUCAAGAAAUCAGUUCAAAUGAUGUAUCCAGUUCUAGAAGUGGAAAUUUAAAUUCAUACGAUGCUGAAUUGAUUGCUAAAUCUGCCUUAGAAAUAAUCCAGAAAAACACAGAUCAGUUUUUUAAACAGGAUAACUCCAAAAGUUUAAAUAAUCCUAUUAAAUUUUUAGGAAUAAGUGUAGGGAAGUUUGAAAAUGUAACAACUAAUCAAACUACUCUUCAAGAAAUGUUUGCAAAACAAAAACCAAAAGCAACAAUCGUUGCGUCGGUGGAAGUCACUGAAAAUUUUAAUAUACCAUUAAAUAAUGAUAUGAAGAAUAAAACUCAUAAUGUUACGAAGGACUCUGUAUUUAAUUGUGAAUCUCAGAUAAAUAGCGUUAACACUAUUAAGAAAAUAAACCUUGAAAAACAACCUAACUUGAAAUUUGAUGAAAAUUUGGAAGAAAACGACCUUUUAGAAAAGAAAGCUUCAGGUAACGUUAGUCCUGUUAUAACAGUUCAAAAAAAUAGAGAAAAUGUUGAAUUGAAUGAUUCAAUAGAAAGUGCAGAGGUAAAUCAAUUAGAUGCAGACAAAUCAAUAUCAAAAUUUGCCCCCCACGCAUCUAAUUCAAAAAACGGUUAUCAGACAUCCGAUUCACAGAUUUUUAUCCAUACAUCAAAUUCUAGAAAUUUAGAAUACACCAAAACUUAUGCGGAGUAUAUGUCUCCACCUGGAAUGGAAAUUGAUUAUGUUAAAUGUUCCGAAUGUGGAACAAAAGUUUUAUCUUUCAAUUAUCAAGUUCAUUUAGAUAGCCAUUUAGCUUUUAAAUUAAGCCAGCAAUUAAGAGAAGAAUAUCGGAAUGAGCUAAAAUCACAAAUGCCAAACAAUGUUCCAAGUAAAAAUAAAAAACAUGAGCUAAACAGUUCAUUAACAAAAAAAAAUGUAAAGAAAAAGAAACAAGAUGUCCUUCCGAUGGGCAACAUAACGAAAUAUUUGAAACCUUGUGAAAAGCCAAUAACAAAUGAAAACUUUAUCAAAUGUUCAGAAUGCGGCUUUUUUGUUGAUGAAACUAAAAUUUUUGAACAUAAAGAUUUGCAUCUUGCUCAAAAAAUUAACCAGGAAUGGAAUUAUUCGUAAUUUUCUGUUAUUCUAAAAAUGUAUAAAUACCUAAAGUUAAAUGAUACUGUAUUAAUUUUUUUAUAAUUUUCUAUAUUGUUUAUAAAGAAAACGUUAUACAUAA